AUGUCUAACAAAAACUAUCAAUUGGUAAUUUCGAUCAUUUCGAUAGUUUUCUAGUAUUAAAUUUUGUUAUAGUCACCGGCGUUGCCAUUAGUGCACGAAGAAGAUCAAGAUCAUUUUCUCCGGGACAAGUUUCUCUUUCAAAGUUCCCCCAACGACAGAGUCGAUGCCGAGAUUGAUGAACUGUAUGCGAAGAUCGGGUUGAUAAAAAGUCUGAUAAAGGAAUACAGCGCUCUAACGGACAAGGACAAAGCGAAGAUUGAAUCAAUGCAGGAGUAUCUGGUUAGAUUCUUAACUGUACUCUGCGUUUUUUGGUUCGUUCACGGCUGA